GGCAUCGGGUCUUUAAGCUUGACAGCGGGUACCAGGUCAUCUGGUUCGACAGCGGGCACCGAGUCAUCUGGCAAAACAGCGGGCACCGAGUCAUCUGGCAAGACAGCGGGCACCGAGUCAUCUGGCAAGACAGCGGGCACCGAGUCAUCUGGCAAAACAGUGGGCAUCGGGUCUUUAAGCUUGACAGCGGGUACCAGGUCAUCUGGUUCGACAGCGGGCACUGGGUCAUCAGGCAUUGGAUCGUCUGGCUCGACAGCGGGUACCGGGUCAUCUGGCUUGACAGCGGGCACCGGGUCAUCUGGCAACAGGACAUCUGGCUCGAUCAGUUCAACAGGCUGGGUAGGAACAUCAGGCUGGGUAGAACCAUCAGGCUGGGUAGAACCAUCAGGCUGGGUAGCGUACACUGGGUCAUCAGGCAUCAGGGGGCACCAGGCUGAACCACGGAAGGUGGGUUCUCAGAAGGCAGGCUGACCGGUUUGGAUACUGGCAGGAUGGUACUGGUUGGAAAG